AUGAGAUUUCUGCUAAUUUUUUCCAUAUUCUUUGCCAUUGUACUAGCCCAACAGGACACUAUAACCUACUUGGGUAGAGAUCGAUACGGUGCCUAUCAUUUUGAUAUCGACCACGACAACGACUUUGGCCCGUUUAGCUAUGGGCGAUUCUUUGAUCGUUACAACCCAUAUUAUGGAUACGGAGGUUUUGAUAACUACGACCGUGGCUAUGGUUAUGGACGCGGAUUCUAUGGGCGCUUCAAUCCAUACAACAGAUACAGAUCCAGAGGUUUUUAUAGACCUUACUUCCUUGGUGGCUCGUUUGCGCCGUGA